CAUCAAAUUGUGUUUGAAUUGUGUUAUUAUCGGAGAUUAAACUGGGAUAUACUUUGUUGUAAACUAGUAUUUUUUAAGGAAACUAUGGUACAUUUUUAAAGACAAUUUGACAAUUAAAAGAGUACAUAUUAAUAAUAUUAUUAAUAGUAUAUUAAUAGGGGCAGUUCGCCCAAAAAUGAAAAUUGUCAUCACUUAUCUUGUUUUGUGGUCUGCAGAAGAAAGAAAUGAUGCAUGGAUUGCGUGUGAGACAACAAAGACUGGUUUGCCUUUGUGAAUAAAUGAAAAAUGUCUGUUAUUCUUAUUUAAACUUCAAUAUUGACUUUCAGAACACGUACUAAAAUUGUCCAGAUAUAAUCUACAAUAAUAAUUAUUGUCCAGAAGAAAUGGCUAAAGCACAUUAGGUGUUGACCACUAAGAUCAAGUCACAAUAAAGUUGUAAAGGGGUUGGGUUUCACCCUGCCCUUCCAUUCUUCUCCUACAAAAGCUCAUCCUCCAUGCAGACACAAAGUUAUGAAGCACAAGAAGCUGCUCCGCAUGCCACACAGCUCAAAGUUGCUUUGAAGUUUAGAAAUUCCAGGAGUUUCCUGUAACAAGGUCAAACUCUAAUGUGAACCAGAAGCUGUUUUUUCUCUCUCUCUGUCUUCUCACUCUGUUGGUUAGUGGAGAGUGUGAAGUCUCGAUAUGUCUCGUCUGUGGAUCCUCCUGCUCCUGCUGGCACACUGGAUCAACAACCCAGUGCUUUCUGCAAAAGCAGGCAAGAAAAAACACCAAGCGAAGAAUCAAAGUGACUUUGCGACUCCCAAGGAGGACGUUGGGUCAGAUGGGGCUCGCGAAAGUCCGUCAGAGUCUGACUUCUUGGCGGAUUUUUCUGGGAAACACCGCCUGUGGGUGAUCACCGCGCCUUCACAUAGUGACAACUAUCUGCGUAUGAUGGAGAAACAGAUUCAGGAGUCUGAGGGACUAAAUUGUCGCUUGGCAGAAAGAGACACGCUCGUCGUCACUAUUAUUCAGAAUGCCAUGAUGGAAGGCAAAAUCCAACGCACAACCUUGCAAGGAGAAGCAACUGUGGAGGCCAUGGACUCUGAAAUGGUGAGCAAACUUCUCCAUUACCUUGAGCUGGAGGACCAUACUUUCUCCAUGUUGAUUCUGAAGAAGAACAUGAGGGUUAGUGAGAGAUUUCCUUACCCGGUUCGUGUUGAGGCAAUCCUUGAGGUCAUCGAUCAGCUGCCUGUUCGAAAGUUGGAGAAGGUUGCCAGAAAGGGCUUGCCAGUUAAAUGCAAGAUCACAAAGAAGAGGUUAGUGAUAAAGAAACAGGGUUCCAGCAAGCGUAGGACCUUCAGCCCACAGAGGCAAAUGAAUACCACGUCCAUCCUCACUCAGAAGAUACGCCUAGACAAAAAGGCAACAUUAAGAAAUAAAGUCCAAGAUAUAUUGAGCGGACGCUCGCGAUUCGUCAUCCGUAAAAAGAUGGGAGGCUCAGGCAAUGGCAAACUAUCAACUAAAGCAGGUUCAAAAUCUGGAUCUAAUGGAAAGUAUGACAACCAUAAGAAAACUAGUGACAGCAACAGAAAGCCAGUAACAGAAGUGAAAAAACCUCCGGAAGCAGAUAAAAGGCAUGCAAGCACAAAAUCUAAUUUUGACACCCUCAAUGAAAAUUUCAAAGGAGAACAAACCGUUGACCAUUCAACCUCUAAAAAGAAAGGCAAAGGAAAGGAUGGCAAGAAGAAAAAUGGAAAAGGAGGGAGGAGGAAGUCGCAACGAGAAGCAGAUGAUAAGGAAAAGGCAGCUCUUAAAGAAUUCAUGAAAAACCUCAAAGGGAGAAGAAGACUUCUUGUGAUUUCAUCCCCAAGUGAUGUCUCAAGUCAGUAUAUCAAACAGAGAGAUGAUAAUGAACUACGUAGCUGUGAGUUUUCCCAAAGAAAGGUCUCAGUGCUGUCCAUCAUGGGUUCAGAACGUAGUCCUACGCUACACAUCCAACACUACCAAGACUCCGAGCCACCACAAGCAUCCUUGCCAGAAAAGUUCAGAAACCCUGAGUUAAUCAGCGAGAUCCGCAGAGAAUAUGGGCUGGACUCCAAAAACUUCUCAAUGGUGUUGACUGACUAUGACCUGAGGCCAAAUCUCAACAGGGUUUUCAGCAAGCCAACAGCUCCUUCUGAUUUACUGGAUUACAUCGACAGCUUUCCUUCACGUCAGUCUGAGAAGGAAGAGGAGCGAAAAGCUCCAUCACCCUGCUCUAAAGACGAAACAAACAAUCAGGAGAACUCGCUUCUGAGGUUUAUGUCCAAACGAAGACUUCUAAUCAUCUCAGCACCUACUGUAGAUGACUACUCAUUCCAUCAGCAGCUUCAGGCCCUCAAUGGACAGGAGUGUCCAAUGGGUAUCCGUCAUUUUGCCUUGUUGAAGAUUGUGGGUACUGGAUCGACAGCUUCAGGAACAGUGGAGUUUUUUCCAUUGAAUGGAAAAAGUCAACCUGAGAAAGAGACACUCUCGCAGGAUGUGGUGGAGAGUCUCAGAAAUCAGUUAAAGGUAAACAGGGACUACUUCAGCAUGCUGGUGGUGGGUAAGGACGGAGACGUAAAGGCCUGGUUCACAUCUCCAAUGUGGUCUUUGGGAAGCAUCUACGACCUUGUGGACUCUAUGGAAUUGCGUCAACAGGAACAUAAACUGCAGCAAACACUUGGAAUUCACUGUCCAGAUGAGAAUACAGGUACUUACCAUGGUUACACAGAAGAGACAGAGGACAGCUACUUGUACCACAGAUCUGAGGACUAAAAGUCAUCCAAACAAAGACAUUGGACAUGCAAAUAAUGGACACGGCAUGCAUUUGUACAUUUGUCAUCCCCAUAUCAUGCGAUGCAAAAGUUUACCUCUAUAAUAAACAGGUCUUGGAUGAAAUUCAUACACAUUCAUCUUACCUGUUGUUGCCGUGUACUGUAAAAUUUCACUUCCUGGCACCUGGUUGCACAUGCUACUAUGCUUAGUAUAGCUUCUUCUUUUUUUUAAAGCUUCUGAUAUUAAAUGAUAUUUUUCUAAGCUGGAGAAAAUGUCUUUUAUGAGUUUACUAUUCAAAAGUUUGAGGUUGGUAAGAAACUUCUUGCCAAAAAAAAUCUUAUGCUCACCAAGGCUGCAUUUGUUUGAUUAAAAAUACAGUAAAACAGCAAUAUUGUGUGAAAUAUUUUUAGCUUUCUAUUUUAAUAUAUUCAAAAUGUAAUGUAUUCCUGUGAUGGUGUUGUAAAAUCACUAACAUAUACUAAAAAGAUAAUAAAAAAAUAAUAAUAAAUGAA